AUGGCAAGACCCUACCAAUCAGUCGGUACUGUUCAUUUAGAAAAGGCAUGGUCACUUUUAAAUGAAUAUAACGAUUUUCGUGGUUUGGCACGCCAUCGAAAAAAAAUCGAAGCACAAUUGCGAGAUGCUAAUAUACCGUUGACAUAUGUUCCAUGGGAAGCAAUGGUUCGUGCCGUACUUUGUCGUAGUUUAUUUAGUGAUAAACAGUUGAAAGAAAUGAAUAGUAAUACUGUCCAAUGUUGUACCCUGACUGAUAUUGCUUCGAGUCAAGCUAUUAUUGAUUUUCUUCUUGAGAAUGAUCGAGAAGAUGAAAGAAGCCUCACUGAAACUUGGUUUGCAAUGGAUGAAUUGAAAGAACGUUUUCAACAAGCUAACAACAUACUACCAGCUGGUCAGCGUGCGAAGAAAGAAAUGCUACACAAAUUACUAGGUUAUCCGAUAGGAUAUGUUGAAGACGAAACGGACUAUCACCAAAGCGAAAAUAAUCAUGAAUUAUUCGAUUUAACAAACGUUCUAUCGGUUGAUGAGCAGCGACAAAUGUGUACCGGUGAUCUGAUUGAAUUCAGUGGCAAUCGAUUACAUGAUGCAUUUUAUAUCUAUCGUUUACCGGAAAAGGGUAUUUGGACUCAAAUUCAACAAAUGUGGUUCAAACAUCAAAUUACAGAUUUUAAAUUCAAUGCUAUAGAAAGUCAGUCCAAACAAGAAGAGUUGAUUCUCGUGCCAGCAAUGGAUGAAUACGGAUAUGGUGUUCCUUAUUUGUUUGCUACACGACCAACUCAAUCAUUGCCUGAAGGUGCCUGUCAUAAAUAUGUUGAUAUUAAUUGUCCGCUUGUAUCUAUGCAUCACGAAAAUCCAACCAUUGCACUUGUGCAACAGCAUCUCAAUGAACGUUUAGCAAAUCCUGUAUAUCAAGAUAAAUACAUGGACAUCGAAAUGGCUGUAAAAUCAGAUCGAUUUCCACAAGAAUAUGUAGCCUACGUGACAAUAAAUGAUGGACCAAAUGAUAAUGUCUUAUGGACACAAUGUCGCCAUUACAAUGGCAAGGAAGUUGCUCGAGAUUUAAAUGAUAAUUUAGAAAUAUUUUUCUCACGUCGUAUCCUGGAAUGCGAAGAACAAUAUAAACAGAAACUAAUCGGCCUCUCAUCAGCUUAA